GCUCUACCGAAUUUCAACCUCGCUCAGAAUUUGUGUCAUCUCAUCCGAUAGCAACAAUACACCACUCCCGUCAUCACCCAGCUGGUGCCAUAUGUCCCUUGUCACUCUAGAGGACUUCUGUUCUGCAUAGAUAAAAAAGGCACGAAAACAAAUACAAUACAAAAUGGAUACGCCAUACGCAACAGAAAUCUCCAUCGCCAUCCCAACUAUCCAACUUGCCGCCCGCAUCUCCAAACACGUGCUGGCAUCCGCCAACAAGGGGACCAUCGAGAAAGCCGAAGACCUUUCUCCCGUCACCGUAGCCGACUUUGCCAUCCAGGCCUACCUCACCAAGGUCCUCUCCUCCUCUUUCCCCACCGAUAGCUUCGUAGGCGAGGAGUCCGCUGCCGCCCUGCGCGACAACCCCGACCUACUGCAGCGCGUGUAUGAUGUCAUUCACGAGUGCGUUGACGAGGUCUCCUCAUCCAGCAACGACAAGAAUGAAUCGCAUGCUGUGAUGGCUGAAGUGGUGAAGCGGGGUGCGCCUGAAAGCAAGGAUCAGGUGUGCGAGCUCGUCGACCGGUGCGGCGAUGGUGGCAAGGACGGGCUGGGUGCCGACUCGGGACGGACGUGGGUCUUUGAUCCGAUUGACGGCACCAAAACCUUUGUGUGUGGUGAGCAGUAUGCUAUCAAUGUUGCGCUGCUCGAGGGUGGGAAGCAAAUUCUCAGCGUGGUGGCGUGUCCGUUGCUGAGCAGGAAGGCGACGGCACCGGUGGGCAAUGCGAGCGUGUUCAAGGGCGAUGAUGAUGAAGAUGGCGAGGAAGGGUGUAUCGUGUAUGCGGUUCGAGGUUUCGGGGCGUACGUGAGGCCCUUGUUUGUCGGACAGGGCUCUGGUUUGACCAUGUGCGCUUCAGAGUCGCUGAAAAGACAUGCGGAUGGCGUUACUGUUUCCGGGCUGAGGUCGGUAUCAUGCUGGAACACUCCAGGAUCGGGCGUGGACGAUGCACACAAGGCGGCUACCGAGAGGCUCGGUGUCGAGUUCCCGGGUUCCGACCUGCUUGGGUGGGUGCCGAGGUGGGUGACCCUGGCCCUUGGGUUGGCGAACAUGACGGUCUGGGUCUACAAGAGACGUGAUAGAUAUGCGAAGAUCUGGGAUCAUGCUGGUGCUAUGCUUCUCUUUGAGGAAGUUGGUGGCAUGAUUACGGAUGUUGAUGGAAAGGAGAUUGAUCUGACAAAGGGGAGGAAGCUGACUGGGAACUUUGGAUUUGUGGCCGCGCCACGAAGCGUCCACCACGUUGUGUUGAAGGCUGUGAGACAGACCUUGAAGGAACAGGGAAAGGAGGCACUUCUCACUGCGGCUUGAGGCUCAACAUCCUCCCAAGAUCGGAACGGAACCUUUAGCGGGAGGAUAUCCACAACCGGGUGUCUGCGUAUGAUUUCAACUCUUCCCUUAAAUCCCCUCAUUUCUUUCUUCCACUUUCCUGGACAACCAUGUGUGAGCUAUCAAUAUUGCUAGUCAUGGACGGACAAAAUCUGUUGUGGCAUUCCUAGCACGUUUUGCUAUACCUAGCAAAAGACACCUGGUGCGAUGCAAAAUUCCUUCCCGCUGCGUACUUUUAGGCCCAUGAGGAAUGGCCGUAAGAGUUUCUUGAGGCCCGAUCAUCGGGGUAAUAUCUGCAUUUGAUGAGGGUAACUCCUCAAUCGACUCGAUCGCCAAUAAAGGAGUAGAAGUAGGAGCGGUUAUAGGUGGCUUGGAUUGUUGACCGGAUGGUUUGGGGUCGAGCAACACCUGAUCCAGGUCACACUUUCGUCGCUCCGGAAACGUUAUCGAAUAUCGGUCUCUCCUUAGCUGAAAACACUUGUUAGACAGACAGUGAAAAGGGGAGGGGGGGACCUUGGCUUGAUACGAACCUGGAUGGUGUACUUUGAGUGAGGAAACAUUGUCUCUAGCGUGUCCUUCAACUCAUGGGCGCUGACAUGCCGGGAGUGUAUUUCUAUAAUCACGCCGCCUUUUGCUUGCUCCUGGAACUCUGCCCACUUUGGGAUCACUAGUAACUUUUGGGAAACAACCAUUGUAGGUGAGAAAUUGUUAGGGGUAUUGAGAAUUCUAAUAGAAAGGUCAAAAUCAAGUGCAAUGAACCUUCCACCGCUUGGGUAUCGAAGCGGAGGUUUAAGGAGGGAUUUCAGCGAUGCUAGGGCACAGUAGUGACCGAAAUAAAAUGUAUAACGGCGAGGUUGAGCGG